UCCAACGUGGGGGUCAACGUUAUGUGUGGAUCCGGUCGAAAGUGGUCCUGAAUCUCGGAGCUCGACCUACCCCGCGGUUUUUCACUCCUCCCAAUAAUGUGAAAGGUCGUCCCACUCACCUACGAGUAGCAAUGGAAGAAGAUCGCAGAGGAAGAAAGAAGAUGGAAUCGAGGAACAGGAUGCUUUGGUCGCUUCAGAAUACAGCUUGGGAAUAUGAUGAUUCUCGGCAAGGUCGUGAUGCUGCUUCUCUGAAGAGGCGGAGGACUACUACGGAAUCGCCAGUUUCGUCCUGUUCACCAAGCUCUGACUUGGCUGGAAACAAUUAUGAUGUGUUCUUGAGUUUUAGAGGGCCAGAUACUCGUAAGAGUUUUACAGAUUUCCUCUACAAAAGCUUGACAGAUGCUGGGAUAUGCGUAUUUCGAGACGAUGAUGAGCUGCCUGUCGGAGAAGGGAUCAAGCCCGCGCUGAUUGAAGCGAUUAAACAGUCGAAGGUUUUGAUUCCCAUCAUCUCCAGGGAUUAUGCUUCCAGCAGAAGCUGCCUCAUGGAGUUGGUCCAAAUAUUAGAGUGCAAGCAGACGACGAGUCGAGAAACCAUUCCCAUUUUCUAUGAGAUUGAGGUCUCAGAUUUAAAAGACCAGAGGAAUUCUUUUGAGAAGAGCUUUUUUGAACACCAGAGGGACGGGGUUGAUUGUGAGACCAUCCAGAAGUGGAAGGUGGCUCUCGAAGAGAUUGGAAGGUUAAAGGGAUUUGUAACGGCGAAAAUACAUAACGGGCAUCAUUCCAAGCUCAUAGACGAACUCAUCCCAAUUGUUCAGCAAAAGCUGAAGAAGGGUCGACUACUUGUGACAAAAAAUUUAGUUGGAGUCGACCAUCAUGUGCAGGAGAUUAUGAGAAAGCUCGGUGUUGUGCAUCGCAAUGGACAAGUAAUUGAAAUAUGCGGCAGCGAUGUACGAGUCCUUGGAAUAUACGGUAUUGGGGGUGUUGGCAAGACCACUCUCGCAAAAAUUCUUGCUGAAGGAUUUCGCAAUAAGCAGGUCCUCAUUCUCCUUGAUGACGUGGAAGAUGUUGACCAACUCGAUGUGGUUGUUGGAGAGCUUAGUUGGUUUGGUCCAGGAAGCAGGAUUAUUAUGACUUCUAGAAAGAGCGACAUUCUUUUGAAGUACAAAGAGGCUGAAACCUAUGAGAUCGAACCAAUGGAAGAAGAUAAAGCUCUUCAAUUGUUUUCUAAGCGGGCUUUUGGAACAGGCUCUCCUAGCAAGGGCUUUGAAAGCCUUUCCAAGGACAUCGUAUUGGCUAGCGGGCGACUUCCUUUAGCACUUGAGGUGACAGGUUCACAUUUAUUUGGAAAGUCGAAGGGUACGUGGAAAGAUACGUUGGAGAAGUUGAAAGACACUCCUCAUGAGAAAGUCGAAAAUGUGUUGAAAAUAAGUUACCUUGCUUUAGAUAUAUAUGCAAAGCAUAUAUUUCUGGAUAUAGCAUGUUUUCUGAUCGGAAAGGAUGAGAGAAUUGCCUUUUACAUGUGGGAAGAUUGUAAACUUUAUCCUUCUAGUGGUAUUGAAGUUCUCCUCAUAAUGUCUUUGGUGAAAAUUGGAGAGAACAACGAGCUAUUGAUGCAUGAUCUACUGAGAACUCUGGGCAGAAAAAUUGUUUUAAAUGAAGAUCCUAUCCCUCGUAAUCGAAGUAGGUUGUGGGUGCACGAUGAUGCCCUAUCCACUCUACGGAAGAAAGAGGUAAACCUGAAAGCCAUAACUACAUUCUUUUCUACCCGCAGUUAA